CAUGCGCGAGCGUCGGCCGGCCUGUCCCUGCUGCUGGUGCUGCUGCGUCCCGCACGCUUGGCACUGCUGCCCCACGCCAGGCCGGGAGGACCUGUCGCCUCUGAGCAGUCUGAACGGCUACAGCGCGGACAGCUGCGACGCCAAGAAGAAGAAGGGCGCCGCGCCCCGCCAGCAGGAGGAGCUGUGCCUCGUGUGCGGAGACCGCGCCUCCGGCUACCACUACAACGCGCUCACCUGCGAGGGCUGUAAAGGCUUCUUCAGGAGGAGCAUAACAAAAAAUGCCGUGUACCAGUGUAAAUAUGGCAAUAACUGUGAAAUUGACAUGUAUAUGAGGAGAAAGUGCCAGGAGUGCAGACUGAAGAAGUGCCUCACCGUGGGCAUGAGGCCAGAGUGUGUAGUACCUGAAUACCAAUGUGCAGUGAAAAGAAAAGAGAAAAAGGCACAAAAAGAUAAAGAUAAACCUAAUUCUACUACGAAUGGUUCACCAGAAGUGAUGCUGUUGAAAGACAUAGAUGCCAAGGUGGAACCAGAAAGACCGUUGUCAAAUGGAAUAAAACCUGUGAGCCCUGAACAGGAGGAGCUUAUACACAGGCUUGUGUACUUCCAGAAUGAAUAUGAGUCUCCUUCUGAGGAAGAUUUGAGACGAGUGACGAGUCAGCCAACGGAAGGAGAGGAUCAGAGUGACGUGAGGUUUCGGCACAUCACUGAGAUCACAAUAUUAACUGUUCAACUAAUUGUUGAAUUUGCCAAGCGGUUACCAGGAUUCGAUAAACUGCUGAGGGAAGAUCAGAUAGCACUACUAAAGGCGUGUUCAAGUGAAGUAAUGAUGUUUCGCAUGGCACGACGCUAUGAUGUAAACUCAGACUCUAUACUUUUUGCCAACAAUCAGCCUUACACCAAGGAUUCUUACAACCUGGCUGGUAUGGGGGAAACGAUAGAAGACAUGUUGCGGUUCUGCAGACAGAUGUAUGCAAUGAAGGUUGAUAAUGCGGAAUAUGCCCUUCUGACUGCAAUAGUUAUAUUUUCAGAGCGCCCAUCACUUGUUGAAGGAUGGAAAGUAGAGAAGAUACAAGAAAUUUACCUGGAAGCUCUCAAAGCAUACGUGGACAACAGGCGGCGUCCCAAAUCUGGAACGAUUUUUGCAAAGCUGUUGUCAGUUCUUACCGAACUGCGUACUCUAGGAAACCAGAACUCAGAAAUGUGCUUCUCUCUCAAACUGAAGAACAAGAAGCUGCCACCGUUCCUUGCUGAGAUAUGGGAUGUGAUCCCAUAGAUGGCAGUGUGUUCAGCAGGUCCUGAAGUACUAGUCCUUACAAUACUGAAAUUGACUGUUUUUCAUAUUCAUUUGUUUUUAUUGCAUAUAUCGAAGGGGAAGGCAGCGUACAGUUUCAUACCUUCAAUAAAUCCCCAACCUUUUUUAAUUAUUGCAGUGUCAAUAUUAUGGUUCAGCAACAGUAAAAAGUUACAGUUUGACAAAAUAGUUACAGGAUUGCAAGAGACAAGAAACAGUGGAAGACACCAGCAGUUCAGCAAUGGAUAUCAGUGUCUGCUGCUAUGGGCUAUUUCCAUUUCAUUGUGACAUUAAAUUGUGAUUCAUAAUUUGAAGACCCAUUAUUUUUGUAACAAAAAAUUUUGUCCUAAUGUUUGGCACAAUUUUAGAAAGGAAUGGCUGUCUCUGACGGAAGUGACUGAAAUUUGUGAGGAAUAUGUGGGGACCACCAUCUUUGGUGGGGAACAAAUCUGCCUUCACUGAUAUAUGCACAUAACACAGUUAUUAAGCAACUGGAAAUGAAUUUGACUGAUUUUAGUAACCUUCCCCUUUCUCUGAUAAGAAAGAAAAACUGUUUUCUUUCUAAACACGUUUUUGUAAUUACAGAAGUUGUAGAUAUGGUGCAAUAAAGUUUUAAGAGAUUCA